AUGAAUGACAUCUUCAUCGGUCUGAAAAUGGCAACCAGGCAAUCUCAGCAGAAGUGCAUCGUGAUCUUUGCCUUGGUGUGCUGCUUCGCUGUGCUGGUGGCGCUGAUUUUCUCCGCCGUGGACAUUUGGGGCGAAGACGAGGACGGGAUCACGGAGGACAACUGUAGCAGGAACUGCAGAGUAGUGCUGGUGGAGAACAUCCCAGAGGACAUCUCCUUCUUGGACAAUGGCACGGCCCACCUCCCUCUAUCAGCGGGGCUGUACAGCCUGCUGGACCGGGCCAUCCGGGCAGUGGAGAUAGUUUCCCCGCUGUGGCUCCUCAACUCCUCUGAUUAUGAGUCCAGCUUCCAGCCGGCUGCCAGACAGGGCAGGGCUCUGCUGUCCAGACUGCAGGGGCUGAAAGCGAAAGGAGUCCAGCUGAAGAUCUCCAGCGGGAUGAUUGACUCGACUGAGCUCAAGAUACUCGCCAAACACUAUGCUGAGGUCCACUACGUGAACAUGACGGCGCUGACCAAAGGCAGCCUCCACUCCUCCUUCUGGGUGGUCGACAGGAGACAUUUCUACUUCGGCAGCGCCAGCAUGGACUGGAGAUCUCUGGCCACAAGGAAGGAGCUGGGAGUGUUGGUGUACAACUGCAGCUGUCUGGCUCUGGACCUCCACAGAGUGUUCAGCCUCUACUGGGGGCUCCAGUACAAAGACUUCAUCCCCUCCUUCUGGUCCAAGCGCCUGUUCGCCCUCUUCAACAGGGACGAACCGCUGGAGCUCACGUUCAACAGCACAAAAGCCGAGGCCUACGUCUCGAGUUCUCCAGAUGUUUUCAUCCCAAAAGAUCGCAGCACUGAUCUGGAAGCCAUUUCCAGGGUCAUCCAGGAGGCCCGCCAUUUCAUAUACAUCUCCAUCACCGACUACCUGCCGCUCCUCGGCAGCAGCACACACAGGUACUGGUCUCGUAUCGACGGUCUUAUAAGAGAGGCUCUCAUCCUGAGGAAGGUGCGGGUCCGUCUGCUGAUAAGUUGCUGGGAAAAGACUCAUCCACUCACUUUCAACUUCCUCUGGUCCCUGAGGAGCCUGUGCAUGGAGCAGGCCAACUGCUCGCUGGAAGCUAAGUUCUUCAACCCCAGAGUGCAGCGGGACGGCAGCCUCCAGGGAAUUAACCACAACAGGUUUAUGGUUACAGACAGAGCCAUUUAUCUAGGGAACCUCGACUGGGUGGGGAAUGAGUUUACCUUUAAUGCAGGAGCCGGCCUUGUGAUCAGCCAGCCAGAAGGCAUCGAGGAGAGAAACUCCACAGUGGUGGAGCAGCUACAGGCCGCAUUCGAGCGGGACUGGUUUUCGCGUUACACCCGCUCCCUGCAGGCUAAUAAAAUCCCUGUUUGCAACAAGCACCAGAUGAACAGGCUGGUGCCAGUCAAAGCCAGCCACCUGGACAGCGGACCAGUGCCUCUCAGAAAGGGUCCACAUGACAGCGGACCUGCACCAAUGAGGAGCCAUCACAAAGUCAAUGGACAGACAUCAGACAAAACAAGGCACCACGAUGACAGACUCAGUAAAGUUGGUCACCAAGGCCCGGCCAAUGGACUCGUGCCGAUCAUGGACAGUUACCAAGAGAGGGGUCAAAUCAAAAUGAGCCACUUUGAAGACAGACAGGUACAAAUCAAAGGUAAUAACCACGACAAUCCAAUGGAUCUACCCGGUCAGUCAGCAGAGAGCAGCGGCUGCAGAGAGAUCUCCAACGGAGCUCUGUGA